AUGGCUGAAAGUCAAGAAAGGGAAAGUAAGUGAAGGAAAAAGUUUUAACAAUUACACAAUUAUAUAAUAUACUUUUUGUUUGUGGAAACACCACGUAAAUUUUAAUAUUGCUGCAAAGCUUUCGAUCCGUAAGCCCGGAUCUUCAUCCUAUUAUUCUAUUUCAUUUGUUAAAUAUUCGCGUUUGUGGAAAUUGGAAAACACCGUGAUUCUAUUUUGUUUUCUACAGGUUCAAAAUUAUUACAUUUCAAGUUUUAUUUUUCUUGUUAUAUAUACUUUCUAUAUUCUAUAAAUAGUGGCCUAUUUUAUCUGAUACUUGUAAUCCGAUCAGAAUAUAACAUUGUUCAGAAAAAGGUCAAAUCCACCCUUUCCGAAAUUUCCCCCCUUUUUUGCCAAUGUUUUUCCUUUUUCAAAACGUUCCACCAUCACACUGCCCACCCUUUUACGGCAACUGUUUCCGGGAGUAAAAUUUGACAGGUUAACGCUGGCAAAUGACAUGGAAUUAUUGAGCCUUACUGUUUGUAUGUCAAGUCAUAUCAGUCAAUCUGCGCCAAAACUUUUGAGUACCCAAAAUUCCCCUGAAAGGCCUGAAGUUUAGUCUUGAUUUUCUGCAUUUUGAAAAAAAACAAACACAUUUUGCUCAGCCAUUUUCAUGGGACAUCCCCCCCCCCCCGCCAGCCCAUCAAUCCCACUUUUAGGAAAGAGGGGGGGGGGGAUUCAAACUAUAGUGUGAUUACUUGCAUUUUUAGACUCAAAAUCAACGUAACUAUCUAUUUAAACCAAAAUUAUUUAUCAGAUCUUUUUCUUGCUGUAAAGGUUUCCAAAUAGAUGUAUCAACAGAACAUGGUAACUGGCUGACUGUAGGCGAAAUAAUUCAAUCCAUUCACAAACCAAUUUCUGCAUACGUUGAUGAAAUAGUUAAAGCAUUCCACGUAAAGCUGUGUGAUGAUUUGCUCGCUAUUGGCAACUGCAGAAGCCCUGAAGAUUGCAAUGACAAGAUCAAGCCUACUGAUCUAUGUAAAUCGUGUAAAUGCUGGUAUGUGAAGCUUGAAGUCUCGCAUAAAAAAGGUAACAAUCCCUCGUGGCAUAAAAAUUGCAAGAGCGCGAGAUGGUCUGACGAUCACUGGGAGGUCGCGAAAUUCUUCAUGCCUGCACUUGGAGCUAACCAAAUUACCGUAAAAAAUGCCAAUUCUACCGAUCUUUCAUCCCUUUUCAACGUGCUUGAAUGGAUGAAGGAUGACGCAUUUCUUUGUAAAACUCGAGUGAACGUCGACCUUGUAAGGAAACUUCGUUCCCAAGUUAGAAAUAUCUGGGCACAUGCACCACAACAAGAAUUCACUGAUGACAAAAAAGACGAAAGUUUCUUGAUCGCUCGCGACUUUCUUGAAGAUCUGGAGAAUGUGUCUUCUAAUGUAGAGAACGGAAAGUGCUUGGGGUAUCUUAAAUACUUAGAAGACACCGGAAUCACUAAAGUUGUUGAAAGUGAACUGCAAAACCUGCUGUUACAACGGUACUUGUUAAACGACAUUAAAGAGGAAAUUACAAGAAUAAAAGUUGAACAUUCAUCUGAAAAAAGCGCGAUAGAAGAACAUGAACAAAACCUGAAGAAAUUGGAAUGUGCAUUGAAUGAAUGUUCUCAAAGAAUGCUGGAUUUCGAGUUUCUUAAAGAGAACAUUAAUAAACAUUUCAAUAACUUUGCGGACGAAUUGAAGUGUUUUCGUGCUAUACCUGACGAUAUUCAUGAAAUACGUAACAGCAUUGGCCAAAUUCGUGAUGAUCUCGCCAAGAUGAACAGUCGUCGGAAUGAGGAACGACAGCCAACGAGUUGCUUGCCAGAUAAAUCGCCAAUGUUUACUGCGCGAAAAGCCGAAAUUCAAAAAGUUGUUUCGUUUUUAAAGGACGGAGAAGGUGCCGUUGUGUGUAUUUGUGGCGGACCAGGGUUUGGUAAGACUGCAAUCGCGGUCGAGGUGUCGCAUCUGCUCAGUAAAGAUCAUACGUUUCUAGUUGUUUUCUCUCAUUUAAGCACUGCAACCACUGUAGACGAAAUGAUCCAACAACUUUGCCUUGAUGUUGGUGUUAAUCAUGAAGAUGACCCGAAGCAAUCACUGAUUCUCUGGUUAAGAAAUGUUAAAGAGAAAGUCGCUUUUGUUAUGGACGACAUCGAUACGCUACUUGUACAAAAAACUUGUUUGUACAAUUUUAUCCGCUUGCUGCGAAGAAAUGCUAAUUGUCAGAUCGUCACGACGUCCAGAUCGUUCUAUUCAAUUCCUGGGCUUUCAGUUGAUAGUGUUUAUGUUGGGGAGAUGGACGUCGAAGCAUCUAUGGAGCUUUUGAGAAAACAAUGUCCUGAACAGGAUGACGAAGUUUUGCGAAGAUUGGCUGAACUAUGUGGCAAAGUACCUCUUGCUAUGUGCGUUGCAGGCUCCAGAGUUAAAGACUUCAAAAACUCUGAUGAAUUUUUAGAGUACUUACAAAAGCAACCAAUGGAGACUUUGGAAUGUUCUGAGAGUGACCAGCACAUCUGUCGAGCGAUUAAUAUGUCUUAUGAAAUGUUAGAUGAUGAACAGAAAAAUACUUUUGUCCGUUUGGCAGUUUUUGACGGGAGCUUCAGCGAAGAAGCCGCUGGAGCCGUGAUCGAGAAAGAGACUUUAAAUACAAAUUCUGUCUUGAGGAAUUUUGUUUGCCGCAGCUUGAUUAAAAAACCAACCGAAUACCGAUAUUCCAUUCAUCUCUUGAUCAAGCAUUUUUUACUUAAUCAACUGAAAAGGGAGAAAGAGAGGGCAGAAAGAGCUCGUGUAGAGUAUUCUCAUGCAGAAGUAUUGAUGGUCGAAUACUACCUAAACUUAGGGCACGAUUUAACCAUAAAGAGUUACUCUAAAAACGGAUACAAGACUAACAGAGAAGCUCUAAAGAAGGAAGCGCACAACAUCCAGAACGUCCUUAAAAUUUGUUGUCAGCAGAGUCAUACAACCUCCGACAUCUCUGACUGCCUUGUGCGCAGUAAAGUGUACACCACUUCUGCUAGAUUUUUUACCCUCUUUGUUAGAACCAUUAUCCCUGGGUCAAUUGUCGACGAGUUCUUACAACGAUGCGCAAAUCUGGCAGAAAAGAAGAAGCAAUUUACAAUUAAAAUAGAUUUUGAGUGUUUGUCAGCAGACCAAGAACGCGGCAAAUCGAUUGGGAAUGGGAAACCUGACGAGUAUUUUAAGAGGAUGGAAGCAAUUCAGAAUGAGUUUCAAACACACCAUGAAUAUUUAAAGCAAGAUACGUCAGUUUGUGCUCAUUUUUAUUACCAGUACGCGCGAUACUUAUCGCGCAAAUCUGAAGACUGUUGCCUUGAACAAAGAGGACAUUUUAUUAAUAAAGCACGUGAACAGCUGGAAAAGUCCCUGGACUUAAGGAGUGCCUCAACUGAGGCGUACUUAGGGAAAGCAGAUAGAGUUUUCACAUUAUUGCACCUUGGAAAUAUUUGGAAGAAGAUUGCCACCAUGGAACAUAUACGUAAACAUAUAAAGGAGUGUAAAGAAUCCAAUGUAAAAGCACGACAGUAUUACGAAAAUGCUAUACAAUUGUCCAAAGAAGAACUAGGUGAGCAUGAGCUUACAACAUUGUGUUUCAAAGCUCUUGGAGAUCAAUUUUCAAAUAUGCGAAAUUAUGACGAGGCCGAGCGAAUGUACAGGAUAGCAAAACAAAUGCGUGAAGAUUUGGGCCGUGACGCCAGUGAAAAACAUGUUUAUCUUCUCAACAACCUUGGGAGAUGUUUGCUGUAUAAUCACCGUGUUAAUGAAGCCAUUCAACUUCUAGAAAGCACUUGCGUGGCCGAGAAAUUCGCUGAAAGCGACGUCUCAAAUCAUUGCAAGGCAAGGGUCUACGCAACGUUAUCUCUUUCACACCACUCAGUACAAAACUAUUCCGAAAAUGCCGUGAAAUAUGCUAAAGAAGCGCUGAAGUUUGAACAGCAAAGCAAAGCCAUAUCGAAAACUGACUUAAAGAAACUUAAGGAAAUUUCUCAGCACGUUGGCUGA